CCGGCCGACGCUAGGAGCUGUCCGUCGUGCUGAAAGCCUGAAGAAUAGCCUCCCAGCACAGAGCAGAGCCAGAGCAGCUUCAGCGGCUCUACAGUCCACAGGCUUCAGCCACUGGAGUCACACAUCCCUGUAGUCUGUAGACUGUAGUCGUGUUGGCGGACCGACACUAAGAGCCCAUCGUAUCUGUCAAUGAGUUCAUUCAGACAGCGGACCCGGGCUGGAGUCACCGAGAGCAGCGCUCGGUGUGUGUAAUCGGUGUUCGCCGGAGCUCUCCGUGUCUCAGUCCGCCAAGAGGAAAAGUGUUGAUCCCAAGGACGUUCGCUGCCAAAAUCUUGAGAAACGCAAAACAGAGGGUGGGAAACAUGAUGAAUGCGAUCAGAGAUUAUUUCCCUCUCCUGCUUGUUUUUGGGGCGGCGGUGACGGACAUGGGCGCUAAAGCGUCUGCCUCUGAGGACGUUCUAUCUCUGACCCCAGGGGGCCCUGCGGAGAGCGGGGCCAGCCUGUACCCCACCACCCAGGACACGGGCAGGAGGCCCCCCAUUGUCACCACUGCCCCGCCUGUCAAUUUUCCCAACCACCACCCACUCUACAGGAAUCCCCCCCAGCGCCCUCACGGUCAGCCAAACUACUUUGAAGACAGUGGGUUAUCCAGCUUUCAGCCCAGCUCCCCCCCCCUGCCAUCCGGGACUCGCCUGGAUCAAGGUGAGAAAAGGGCUUCAGAUGAGAGUGCUGGAAGCGCUGACAUGCAGGCAACCCUUUUAAAGCACGCAUCUGCAGCCACUUCUCACUCCAACACCCCUGCUCCAGUCACCAGUGUGGGUUUAAAAGAUCCAGAAGAUGCUGCCGCCGUCCCCUCUUCUGCUGCUGCUGCUGCUGCCAGGGAGGGAGAUGUAGAGAGGCCUAGUCAGCCUGGGCUGGAGCAGAAUGGAGAGGAGCCUACCACCACCACCAUCACCACCACCAUGCACAGUCCAGUUCCCUGCCAUCUGAACCUGACUGGGCCAGAAGGAUACAUAGAGGCUCCACCACAGUCCAGCUCUGCUCUUCAUUCCACCAUGGACUGUAGCUACAUCAUCACUGUCUAUAUGGGCUAUGGAGUAGAGGUCCAGGUGAUGAAUGUGAAUCUAUCUGAGGGAGACAAGGUGGUGUUUGAAGAUGUGGGCCACAUGGAGAACACCAUGCUGGCCAAUGAGUCCAUCCUGAUGAGGGGAUUGGUUGUACGCAGCCACAGCAAUCAGAUCUCCAUCCGCUUCCACAGCCGGAGGUCUCAGGGUGGAUCAGUCCUGCUCAGAUACCAAGGUAAGAGUGUCUCACAGAACAAAUCCCACCUGCAUGCUGUCGAAAUAGACACAAGUAUGAAACUAGAAGUUUGA